GCGCCGUUGGAGAUACGGAGGUCUCUGCGCGGCUAUGUCACCACGAAGCAGCUCGGCGCCGCGCUACUUAACUCUCCUUUUGUACAGCUGACUGUGCAGAAGUACCUUGUGGAAACUCAAAGUGUUGUUCAAUUGUUGGCCCAUCACGCCGAAUGCGCUCCCGAAGACAUAUCCUACGCCGGCCGGAAGGACAAACAUGCUGAUACCACUCAGCUAAUCACAAUGCCACAGGAGGCUUUCCUGAGGUUUUUCCGCAAACAUCGUCAACUCCGGCUACCUUUUCGGAUCGGGGACCCUUUAGGAGUAGAGAGAGCACUCAAGUUGAGUGAUCUUAGCGGCAACUACUUUCGCCUGGUGUUCACCGGCGAUUCCCGAGUUAUAGAGAGUGAGGCACACGAUGCGGCUUUAGCUCGAAUCGCCGAAGGAGGUUUUGUCAACUAUUUCGGGCCUCAAAGGUUCGGGUCGCCAAGGUACAUGACUCCUGUAGUAGGUUGGCAUUUGAAUACGGGUAGGGUGGAAGAAGCAGUG